CCUCCUAGCUCAAUCUCCUAUGUGCUGUUAUUAUAGGCGUGCCCCACCAUAUGCAGGUUCUGCAGAUCCUGUAUUGCGACCAGUAUAAAGAAUAACAAAUGGACAUGUCCAUACUGCCGGGCAUACCUUCCUUCAGAGGGAGUGCCAGCAACUGACAUAGCCAAAAGAAUGAAAUCAGAAUACCAGAACUGUACUGAGUGUGGGACUCUGGUUUGCCUCAGUGACAUGAGGACACACAUAAGGACAUGUGAGAAAUACAUCGAUAAAUAUGGGCCACUGCAAGAACUUGGCGAGACAACAACAAGGUGUGUAUGUCCAUUCUGUCAGAGGGAACUGGAUGAAGACUCUUUGCUGGAUCAUUGCUUCUGCCACCAUAGAUCAGAGAGGAGUGCUUGGGAGUUCUGCCCGCUUUGCCAUUUACUACCUAAUGAGAGCCCAAGUACCUUCAAUGGCAGCUUAAUUAGACAUUUGCAAGUCAGCCACACUUUGUUUUAUGAUGAUUUCCUAGAUUUUGAUAUAAUCGAGGAAGCCCUUAUCCGAAGAGUGUUAGACAGAUCACUUCUUGAAUAUGUGAAUCACUCAAACACUACAUAAUUUUAUAAGUAUCAAGGGACGAUUCACUUGUACCAUUUAAGAUGCUGCUUGAAGGACUGGAGGGAAAUUGUCAGUGUUUGAUGACGAAAAAUGUACUACAGUGUUACAUGCUUGUCUUUGUUAUGUUGCAUUCAAAAUCUGCUUUCGUUUUGGUUUAGAUCUGCCUUUACAUUCUUGAGUUUCUUAGACAUUUAACCACAUUUAACCAUAGGCUGUUACCAGAUGGAAGAGACACAGACGGAGUAUGUGAUGAAAGAGCUCUGUGUGCACAUUGGUGAUACUGUGCAUAAUUCUACGUGUUAGUGACUACCAUCAUGGCUAGGCAAGAUAACCAAUCUCUGUUUUAUGCAAAAGGGUGGACCAAAAUAUGGACAUUAAAGGAAAUCUGAAAUGUAUUCAAAUCUUAAUGCUGUAAUCUCCAAUAAAGGAAUGUGAAUGAUCUUACAUGAAAGGAGGAAAGGAAAGAAUUUGAAGUCAACAGAAUCGAUUUUAACCAAAUUACAGUGCAUAAUAUUAUAAGAAAUCUUGUGUUUUAAAUGUGUACUUAGCUGGGCAUGGUGGUUCAUGCCUAUAACCCAAGUAUUUGGGAUGUGGAAGGAUCAGAAAUACAAGGCCAGCCUUGGCUAAUAAGACCAUAAAAACAUUAAAAAACUGAAAAAAGAAAAAAAAUUUAUGUGGACUUAACUAUUGACAUACCAUAUAUGCAUAUAAAAAUUUGAUAGAAUUUUUCAAAUAUUUGUACCUUAUUAUUUAGAAGUAUUUUAUAAUAUAGGUGAUUUCUUAAGACCUAUCUGUUGAUAUUUGUGGUCUAAAUUUUCACAUUGGUAAUUUUGAGUGGAACUCCCAAGCUUUGUUUUUAAUUUUAACAUCUUAAAAAGUAUAAAAUAAAGCACACAUACUAAAAACCAGAUAAAAAACUGUAAAGCUUAAUGUGUUAUUAUAAGAAACAUUUUUGCUCAUGGAUGGUGACAUGUAUGUGCCUCGGAGGCAAACAAGUAUUGCUUCAAGUUCAACCUCAACCUGGGCUACAUAGUUAGUUGUAGGCCUGCUUGGACUAUAGUGUGAGGCCCUGUCUCAAAAACCAAAGAAACAAUUAUGAACUCAAGUAUUUAGACAUCUAUGAAUGAACUUCCAUCCAUUACAAACAUCACUUUAUUGAGGUUCAACUUCUCUUUUCUUUGGCCAUUCCUCAAAGGUUGGCUGAGUCCUUUGAACAUUUUGUUACUUUCCUUGCUGUCUCCUACAGCGAGAUCCUCCAUGUGGAAUUUGUGUUUGCUGCUAUGGCUCUAAAAUCACCAGCUCUCUAAGAAGCCAGCUUUCUUCCUGUGUGGGAUGGUAUUUCAAAGCACAGUCCAAAGCUGGGGAUGGUAGCCUGUGCCUGUAGGGAGUUUCUGUUGUUCAAGCUCUUCCCCAGUUAAAUAGCAAGGUCAAGGACAACCUAGGCUACACAAGACCUUUUUCAUUCCAGAAGGCUCUAAGGAUAGCUACUGUUGUUGAUGUGGCCAUUGUUUCAAGGAUAGAGCUAGGAAACAGCUGUACAUUUGUUUAAAGAGAGAACACUUCAUGGCCAGGCAUGGUGGCCAUGGUAGUCCAGGAUGGCUGAUAACUUGAGACCCCCUUGCUUUAGUCUCCUGUGUGUGAGGAUACAGGUAUCUGUUCCAUGCCUGGCAGUUAUUCCCCAUUUUCAAAAUUAGCUUUUCUGUGCCAACAUUUUUUGCUGUGUUCUACUCUCUCCCUUUUACCCCCACCCACCCCGUUCUUCAGGUAAUAUGUAUUAUUAUUACUGGAGUUUUUCACAUUAGUACUUUUGUUUUGUUUUUUGAAACAGGGUUUCUCUGUAGCUUUGGAGCCUGUCCUGGAACUUGCUCUGUAGACCAGGCUGGCCUUGAACUCACAGAGAUCUGCCUCCCAAGUGUUGGGACACAUUUGAUUCUUCAGUGACCUUUUUGGGACACUGAUUAGAAUUUCCAUCUUGAAAUGAAAAACAUAAUAAAGACUUUGACCAUCAGCUCCUAAGGGUGAAAUGUUAUUUGACUUAAAUUAGCUAACAGGAUGGUGAAAUGGCUCACUAGGAAAAGGCGCUUGCUGCCAGUCCUGACAAUCUGAGUUUGAUCCCUGUGACCACAUUUGUGAAAGGGAGCUUCUGCACAUAAAUAAUAAACAUAACAUGACUCAAAUUGUAAUGAUUUAUAAGCAUCAUGUUACACAUCAACAUUGUCAUAAUCAUGGUGCCACGACUUCUUCCCCCUUUUUUUGAGACAGGUUCUCAAUAUGUAUGCCUGGCUAGUCUAGAACUCACUGUGUAGGGCAGACUGGCCUUGAACUUUAAGUGAUCUUCCUGCUUCUACCUCCUAAUGCUGAGAUCUAUACAUGGCCCACUGGUUUCUAAACUUUCUGUAAUGAAUUUUACAUGACUGCUUUGAUAUUGCUACUGUUUUCCCACCCAGGACAAGGUCACUUGGGGGAUAUAAACCCAGGGAAGAAAAAGGCUUCAGGAGAUCUCUUUCAUUCGAUCAUUUAUCUUUUAGUGUUAAGUUAAACCCAGGAAAUGAUUUGCAUCAAGCCAGUGCUGAAGCAGGAACUGAUGUGCAUUAGGCUAGUGCUGACCCAAGAAGUGAUGUAAAUCAGGUCAGUGCAUACAUCAAUCUAUGUUAAUUUAGAGCCAUCAAGUUGUUACACCUCUAAGGAAGUUUCUGGGGGCUGGAGAAAUGGCUCAGUGGUUAAGAGCACCAGCUGUUCUUCUAGAGGAUGCCGGUUCAAUUCCAGCACCCACAUGGCAGCUCACAACUGUAACUCCAGCUCCAGGGCAACCCACACCCUCACACAGACAUAUAUGUAGGCAAAACACCAAUGCACAUAAAAUAAAAAUAAACAUUGAAACAAAACAAAACAACUUAUUCUGGAUAACCAAGAUGGCCCAGCAGGUAAAAUGCUCUGCAAUUCUGGCCCCCAAGUUUGUCUGAGCCCCAGCAGCUCAUGGUGGAAGGAGGACUCGGGAAAGUUGUCUUUUCACUUCUGCACAUGCACUGUGGCAUGCUCAUGCUCACAUCAGCACACAUAAAAAUAAUAAAUGGGGGCGGGGCUGAAGAGAAGAUGACUCAGCAGUACUUGCUGCUCCAUCAUGAGGUCCUGGGUUCCAGCACCCACGUGGAACAGCUCACUCCAGCGGCUCUUCUGGCUUCCACUGGUUCUUGAGAACACAGGUGUGUGAGCAUAUGCACAUACAAACAAAA